CUAAAAGCGAUUCUUCAGAAGAAUUUGUUGAAGAUUUGGCAGAGGCGACUUUUAUUAAUUUUAAAAGCCUUCUUGAUUCUGGAAUCACAAAUGAGGUACAUGAAAAAAUAAAACUCAUGGAAGACAUGUGGAAAAUGGGUCAGUUUCCCACCAGUAUGAAAAAUGAUUUAUACAAGUUGUCAGAUAGUAUUGUUAAAAAAGAUUAUGAAACCUCUAAUAAAUUAAAUCUUGAAUUACACAUGAAAUAUCCCAAUCAUUGUAAAGAUUGGAUUUUAGCUAUACGAUUUUUAAUUCAUGAUAAGUGAAUAUACUGAAAGGAUAUUUACAGCCAUAUUUGGUCUUAAAUCCUGGUAUACUUGAGUGAUGGCAAAAUAAAACUAGAGAAAAUUAAAACUUAAGAACAAAAGGAGUAUUUUGGAGUGAGAGCAUUUUGAAUUAUUAAGUCUGAUGCAUCUAUUAUCCAGUUAUCAAAUAGUUUCGUCCAAUUAGUGGAUGAUACCAAACUCAAAUGUGAACUUUUGGUCAAUGGAAAUAAAGCUGCAGAUAUUAAAAUCAUUACAGAUUGUAUCAUUAAGUACCUCAAUUGUAUCAUUCAAUAUGCAGAAGGUGGAACUGCUCAAACAAGAUCAGCAACAUUGCAACAGUUAUGUGACAAAAUUUGUACAGCUGUGGCGAAAUUAGAGAUUAAGCAUGAAUUCAUUAAGAAUAUAUCAUUACAAACUUUUGAAUUCCUCUUUGGACAGCCGUCAUGGAUAGCUAAAGAAAUCCUAAGAAUGUAUAAUACAGCUAUACAGACUUCAGAUAGAACUGUUAGGUCAGAAGCGAUUCAGAAGAAAGGCCCCUAUUAUUUAGGUAGAUUAAUGGAUGCUCUUCCUUUUGGAGAUUUUGAAUUUCAGCUCAUCAUUGUUGAGACCCUUUUUAGAAUCUGUACCAAAGAAGAACUUAAUAAUAUGCCUAAGGUGAAUUUUUUAAGUGAAGAACAAACAGAGUCAUUUCACAAAAUAAGUACAAGUGAAUUUGAUUUAACAGCAAGAAAUUUUUUGAACCUUUUGAAUGAGGCUGAAAAACAUGUUGUUUCCCUCUUAUGUAAUAAAGUUACCUUUGAUGAUUAUCAGCUCCAAGAACCGCCUGAAUUGAAGUCUUUCAACGGAAUGUGGGUUGAUUUCAAUGUAAGAGCUAAUACUGUUACUCUUUUUCUUAAUAAUGAACCCUUCAAUCAAAAUAUUAGAUGGGAGAUGAUCACCCUCUUUCCGGAAAAUAUUUUGAAAACGGAGAUUUCUUAUGUAUUCAAUGAAGAGAGGGGGAAAAAAGAAGGUGUGGCCAAAUUUAUAUUGAAGGGACAUUGCCAGUUAUGUAAUACCAACUCGCAACAUAAAUUGCUUGAUUGUAGGUUACUUGCAAUUCAUUCAUUGGAUACUCAAAAAUUCAGGGAAUUCUUCAACCAAGAAUUUCCAAAAAUUCAUAAAGUGAAAUCAAAGCAGACUGGAGUUUUUCAUUGCAAAAGAGUUUACAAACCUCUUGAUAUUGUUUCUAUUAAAAGUAGUACUACCAACCAUAGCACAACUUUUAAUGUGACUAUGGAUACAAGUAUUGCAGAUAAAGAAAAUAAAUCAGGCGUUGGACGAAAAUUGGUUAAUGUUGCUGAUUCAACUAUAAUCUCUAGCUCUUCUAAGUCCAAAACUAUUUCAUCUAGAAAAAGUAUGAAUAACACUUCAUCAAACCAUUCAAUUCAAGGAGAAAUAAAUGUGAAUUGGGGAGAUUUGUCUGGGACAAGUGGUGAGAAGAAAAAUCUGAAGAAAUCUUACAAUGAUAAAAUGAAGAGAAGAACUAUUGAUGAAGCCAGCUUAUGCUCCAAUCUUUCUAUAUCAGAGCAUGCUGGAACUAGAAAAAAUGAUGAAAGAGUUGCUUCGAAAAAAAUUAAACUUUCUGGCUUAGUACACGGUACAACCGAGGAUGCAUAUGAUGUUUAUAGUGAAAAGUUUCUUUCAAAGUUGAUGGAUAUAGAAGAAAAUAUAGAUCCAAUUUGCGAAUAUAAGGAAAACAUCAAUAUUAACUUGGAAAGAAAUAAAAGUUAUUCUGAGAAUCAAUCAAAAUUAACAAAGAAAGAAGCUGAUUCAACCACCUUGGUGAGUGGAUUAUCUAAUUGUAGUGUCUUGAUGGAAGAUGAUGAACUUAUAGCCUCUGAUGUAUUAUCUUCUAUAGAAGAUCUGCAACGUGCAGAAAAAAGGAAAAAUUCACACAAUGAUUUUGCAAAAACCAGAAAAUUCAGUCAAGAGAAAUUAAGUUAUAAAACACUGAAAAGCCAAGAUGCCUUAGCCAGUCAAGUUAUUUCCAGUUCCCUUGAAAAAAGUUCAUCAGGUCUUUCGGCAGAUGAGAAAUUAGUAAAAGGAAAAAAAGAAAUACAGAAUACAAUUAAAAAAAAAUCAAAAGAACAAGUAGAAGAUGAAAUAAAGAGAACUGAAAUUCUCGAAAAAACAAAAAAAAGAACCUCCUUAGGAAUCAAAUUAACUCCAGAUUUAUUCGAUGUACCAAGCCAAGAAUUGUUUAAUGAAGGCAAUGAAAACCACAAUAAAGAUAAUGCUUAUCGAACAAAUAAGAAGAAACAUGUGCUAUCAAAUAAGUUUAAGUUGAAGAUACCAGAUGUAUUAUUGAUUGAUCCAAUUCGUGACAGUGCUUCAGAUGAAUUUGAUAUUUUGAAGUUUGGAAGACCAAAAAAUUCACCAGAGAAUUCUAUUAUUGGGGACCCUUAUGAAAUACCUGAGCCUGAUUUGAUAGAAAUUCCGAAAGAUAAAAUUCACGAAAUUCUUAAUACUGAAACUGAAAUUUUCGAGACUGCCAGAACACAUUUGGCUAGUGAAGAAGUGGCACAUAUCCAGGCAAUUGAAAGUCAAUUCGAAUUAUUCCAAGAUAUAUCUCAAGAAAAUGAAUAUUUCAAAAACAGUUCUGAAGAGCAUUCUCAGGAAAAAAAUUUCCAUUUGAACAAAGAGUAUAAAACUAAGAUCAAGAUUUUAUCUAAUAUUCAAAUUCAUUCCCCAAUAAUCAAAAGUCAAUGUAAAACUUUCUCACAGAAAAGUCAGGAAGGGAAGAAACUCGUACCAGAAAUGGAAAUAUCCACCAAAGGAGUAGCAGCCUCAGCCCCUCCUCAAUGUUCUGAUUCACUGGUUUGUGUCGAAUCCCCAAAGCUUGAAAGUGAAGACAAGAAGUUGAUUAAAAAUAUUCAAGAAUCGGAAAAAAAUGAUAUGGUUGUGUCAAGUCAAGAAAACUCAAUAGUUAAUGAAGCUGAUAUUCUUAUCAAACCUCAAAAUGUUUUUGAAACCGAUCCUAAAUCUGCAGAUGACUCUAUUCUCCAAGAUGAUUCUUGUAAAUUUUUCUCACAAGAUCUUCAAUACUCAGAAACACAAAAAAGUGAUUCGCAAAGUUCUCAUCACUAUGAGAUAAAAACAUCACAGGAAAAUCUUGAUGAUCAUCUAGAAUCCAACAAUAAUUUAGAGGAAAAAUUAAAAGAUGAAUCGUCUCAGAAUAACAACAGAAAUGAACAUCAAUCUUCUUCAAUACCUAGUAAUAAUGAAAUAAAAAUAAUAGAAAAAAAUAUGGAUAUUGUAGGAGAACCAAUGAAUAAUGAAAGGAUGUCCCAGAAAAUUGAAGAAUCUGAUUCAAUUUUUCAAGCUUUAAAGAAUUCAGAAGAAGCAGAUUUGUCAUACACAAAAGAUGAAUCGUUAAAGAAUAGCAACAAAAAUGGAGAUCAAUCUUCUUCAAUAACUAGUAAUAAUGAAAUGAAAAUAAUAACGAAAAAUAUACAUAAUGUAGAACCAAUGAGUAAUGAAAUAAUUGAAGAAUCUGAUUCAAUUUUCCAAGCCUUAAAGAAUUCAAAAGAAGCAGAUUUAUCACAUACAAAUAAAGAGGAAAUUAAAAGAAAAAUUGAAAAAAAAUACAAGAAAAAAAUUAUCGAAAAAUACCAGAAAGGCAAUUCUCUCAAUGAAGAAUCUAGGGAACAAAAACUUGCAACAGCAGACCAAUCUGGUCAGAGCUUGAAGUCGAAUGAAAAAUGUAGUGACAAUGCUGAUACUGGGACACUUAUUCUUAAAAAGAAAAGUAAAAAAAGAUUGUUACCUAAUCCUACCUGUCGAAAUACUUCAAAGGUCAAAAAACCUAAAAUACAAGACAAAAAUCUCACACCAAUAAUAAAACAUACAAAAUUAAAGGUUGAACAGAAAGUUUCAACGAAUACAAUUGGAAAAAUUGAAAGUUCAAUGGCAACUUUAGAGAAGAAUGAAGAUGAUAUACCAUUAAUUAAAUUACAGAAAAUUUUAAAAAACACUAAGGCUACUGAGAUGAAAAAGCAAGAAGUUGAAAACGAAUUGCCAAUUUCAAAACUUCUAAAAAAUAAAAUGAUAAAGAACAGUGCAGUUGAGUCUCUGGAACUCAAUGAAAGCAAAAAUGAGGUGAAUAAAAGUCAAAAUAGUGGAGGAAUCAAGCAUAACAAUCAAAAUGUUGAAUAUGUCGAUGGGGAAAUUGUAAAUAUUUGUAGUCAGGGUGUGGCCAAAAUAGAAACAAACAUUUGUGAUAUAAAAAUUUCAUCCAAUAGAAAUAAUGAAAAAGUUCAACUAGAAAUGACUCCAUUCUCGAAAACUAAUGAAAAACAAGACGAGAUGAAAAUAAAUAAGAAAAGACAAUACAAGAAUUCUACGAUAGAAUUGAAGAAAUUGCCCAGUAAUGAAAUAGUUGCUGAAAAAGUACAGAUAAAUGAUCAUGUUAAAUGUAAAGUACCAAUUUCUCCACCUCUUCAAGCAAAUGAAAACGAGAAUUCCUCAAAAAUUUUAAAACUUUACAAAAAGGGCUCUCAAAACGAGUUAAGUAAAACAAAUAUUGUAAUUCAAGAAAAACAACCCAGCCAAAACGAAAAAAAAGAGAAUUUUCUUCAAUAUACUACUAAAGAAAAUAUUCAAGGUAUGGAUAAUCUCUAUAAUAACAAUUAUAAGAAUGAGAACAUUUUGUCUGAUAAGAAAAAAAAUGAAAUACUUCUAAAAAAGUCUUUGAGUAUUGAAAUGUACAUGAAAACAAAACACCAAGGGAGCCUUUCUAAAAACCAGAGUGAUGCGGACAAAAUUAACAUGAGCAUUGGAAAAAAUGAUGAAAUAGAGAACACCACUUGCAUUCGUGAAGAAAAGUGCCUAAUCAAUGGAAAAGACUACUACAGGCAAAAUUCACGAAAUGAAAUAGUCUUGAAUGAAAAUGAUAAACAACAGAGUGCCAAUACAAAUAAAGACUUGAAAGAAUUAAAGAUACAGGAAAAUGAACUCCUUGAAGACGAAAGUCAUACUGGUAAAAAGAAAACUGACAAGGAAGUCGAAAAACUAGAUGAUGAAUUGGAAAAGUCAAUGUGUUUGUUAUUUGGCGUAGAAGCAGAAAAACCUAUUUCAAAGAAAAAUUGUCCUUUUGAAGUUCCCACAGAAAAAGAAAAAUGCAUAAAUAACAGUACAAAUUCGAUUAUAACAAGCAGUGUAGGAAUGCUUAAGAGAGGAAGAAGGCUUUUUGAUCAUGAGAAUGAAGAAGAGAAUUUCAUGAAUUUCACCAAGGUCGAAAAGAAAAUUAAUAAUAUUAAAAAAAAGGGAGCAAAAACAGAGACGAUUCAAAUGAAUACUCCAAAAAAAGAAGUGAAACAUAUAAAUACCCCAAAAAAAGAAGUGAAACGUUUGAAAUCUCCAAAAAGAAAAGUACCCAAUAAAACUUCUGCAGAGUGGGAAGAGAAUAAAAACAAAAGUAGAAGUACUCAUCCAAAAAGAUAUAGUGAAAUACCAAAGCACAAUAGGAAGGAGAGAUUAGAUGCAUUUUAUGAUAGAGUUAUAGGAAGGCUUGGAAAACCAAGUACUUCCUCAAGAACCUCAUAUUCCGUUAUUCCAAAAUUUGAUAAUCAGGCUAAAUACGAUUUAGAUUUUUCCCUGUUCAAAGAGAGUUUUCACACAAACAGAAAAACGCCAGAAACCAAAUCUAAAGUUUUUCGAAAUGAAAAUGCAAAUGAUGAACAAAUCAUCCAUGAAAGUGGAAACGGUCCCGAUACUCGUAGUUCAAAGGAUAGAAGUGAUAUGAAGAAUCAAAUCAUCCAUGAAAAUGAAAGCGGUCCCGCUACUCGUAGUUCAAAGAAUAGAAGUGAUAUGAAGAAUCAAAUCAUCCAUGAAAAUGAAAGCGGUCCCGCUACUCGUAGUUCAAAGAAUAGAAGUGAUACGAUGAAUCAAAUUGAAAAUGAUGAUGAAGAAAUAAGGGUAUUCAUGAGAAGUCUUGGAACAAUUUGCCAAAAAAUUGCCAAAGGGAAUUUUAAAAGACCUUCACUCUCUACUCAGAAUAAUCUGUUGGCUAUAGCAGAUUUACUGUGCGAACUUUAAUUAUUAUUAUUUAUAUAAGAAAUGAUAACAGGAAAAAAUAAGAUUACCUAUAUUGCAUAUUUACCCAUAAAAGUUGUUUUGUUCAAUGUUUCAUUAUUAAAUGUUCUAUUUUGAAA